UUUGUUUGGGGCCGAAAUGUCCUGUUUGCGUGUAGUAUCUCCCUUUGUUAGGUGCCAGGAAAAAAAUAUCAUGAUUAACCAGAUUGAAAGUGGCGAAGAAGAUGAAGAAAUGAAGAGCUAUGACUUCACGAUGAAGACUUGGCGGGAUGACGUCACUUUCCUCGUGGAAGACCAGCGUUUUUAUGCCACUAAGGCCAUAUUAGCCAUAGCCUCGUCCGUGUUUGAAGCAAUGUUUGGAACAAACUUCAAAGAAAGUGAAGAAAAAGAAAUACCUUUACCAGGUAAGAAAUCUGAAGACUUCAACGAGUUUCUUCAUUGCAUGUAUCCUAACACACAAAAGAAGAUAGAUGCUGAUAAUGUGUACAAGAUCUUACCAUUGGCAGAUGAAUACAAUGUCAAAUCACUGGUGAAAAAAUGCCAAAGAUAUCUCAAUUUCCGUUUAACGAACGAACAGGCUUCUAUAAAAGAAGUUGUGCAUUGCCACAGUUUGGCUACCAAACAUAAUUUUCAGGGCCUUCGGGAUGUUUGUGCAUCCCGUCUAUCUGAUAUUGGACUGAAAGAAAUACAACCCACAGGACUAGAGGACACUGAAACACUGCUAGAACUCCAUAAAGAUAUCUUAAAGAAACAAGGAGAAUUGUUGGAUUCAACCCGAACAGAAUUGGUGAAAAUUUAUAUGCAAAAGGAUCUAACACAGGAAACUGCAUCAGCACAUGACCUUACGAGUAGCAAAGGGGCUAUGAUAGCGUUUUCACCAUGCCUAGACCUUACAAAAGAGGACUUGAAAAGAAGCAAACCUGUGUAUGUAUGGGAUAUAACAUUUGAGGUUGUUGUCAAUGUUUUUAAUAGAAAUAAUGUUGAUUGUCUUUCAGUUUCAUUGUUGAGCACUUUUCCUAAAACAGAAGAAAGCUUGGCAUGUAUUGUUGAUGCAAUAUUCCAGUUGAGGUAUAUGGGGGAAGAUGAUAUUCAGCAUAAAUGUUUAACAAAGGAAAGAAGGGAAUUUUCGAAAAAUGCUAAGUUUUCUCAUGGGACCCGUUUGAAACUGCGAGAGCUUAUUAGUUAUGGGUAUAUUGUUGAUAACAAAAUUGAUUGUGUUGUUUAUUUCAUGGUUCAGAAGCCUUUUGUCAAGGAUCAGUGAUCUAACAAUAAAGAAGGCAUAAAAUAAUUAACAUAUUGUCGAAAAUAUUAAUACAUGCUGUGAAGGAGACAAAAGACUUUUAAUGGUGCAUUUAUACCAAUUUAAUGAUUUAUAGCUCAAUGAGAUUUAUUUUUUAUAUAGUGUAUGACUGUAUCAGUUAAAAUAAUUUUGUUAAUUAUAUAUUUAUGCAUUCUUUGAAAGAUUAUACUGCAAAUUAGAAAUUCAGAACCAGAAAAGAAUCUUAAAAAGUGACGUUUGAGCCGAAAAUACAUACUUACGAAAAUACCUUAAAUCGCCUUGUAAAGUGAAAUUAAGACCGGAUCUACAAAAACGAGAUUUAUCUUUGAUAUAAUGUUUUAAAAGCGAAUUUAGUUGCUAUUAAAUGAUUUGUAUGAAUGAAAUGUUUUGUAAUGAAAUAUUAGACGUUUGUGCGGUAAAUAUGCUAAAUAUGCCCCAAAAAGUAUAGAAAGAACUGUGUACUGAUAAGCCCUCCUCUGGCUAGCCUCUGCACGUAUAUAUGUUUAUAUUGCAGUUAUUGUUAUCCCCCCGCCAUGGAAUUGGGAGGGGGGUAUAGUUUUGGCGUUUUCCGUCCGUCCGUCCUACCGUCUGUCCAUCCAUCCGUCCGUCCGAAUUUCGUUUCUGGACUUGUUCUCUGCAACUUCUGGCUGGAAUUCAACAAAACUUUAUGGGAACCUUAAAAUAUCAAGACAGGAUGCGCAUAUCGUCGGCUUGUUCCCGUCCGACACUUUAACUCAGAGUUAUGGCCCUUGAUUAGUUAUGCAGUAUGCAUAUAGAGUAAAAAUCAUUUCCACGCUACUUCUCUGCAACUACUUCAAUUACAAGAGGAGAUGGGCAUAUCGUCCCCUUGUUCCGGUCAGACACUUUAACGUGGCUGGAAUUCAAUGAAACUUUAUGGGAUACCCAUAUAGUAGCCUUGUUCCGGUCAGACACUUGUAACUCAGAUUUAUGGCCCUUGAUUAGUCAUGCAGUAUGCAUACAUCUCAUUGGCAUUUCCAGAUAUUACUGUUUAACACGGAAUUAUGGCUCUGUUAUUGCCCUGAAUAUUUAUCAAGUUCAAAGAAUACUAUACUGUUUAUGCCAUGAUAAAUAUAUAAAUAAAGUCUUAUGUCUUCAGUUGUUGUGUUAGUAAUAACCAGUACUUGGCGGGGAAUAUAAAUUCAACGAAUUUGCUUGUUGAGUCUGUGAUUGUGAGCGUAUCUUUAUGAAUGCAAUAAAGUUAUAUAUUAAACCA